AUGACUAUAUCUCCAGACGACAUCCCUUCAUUCCGCCACCGACACACCGUAGAAGACACCCCGCAUCCGUGUAUAUACCCGCAUAGCAUUAUGUCGACGGUGGUAGAGAAAUGUCCGUCGGUGGCGCGCGUCAACGGACACGGCCCCUACGUGAACGGUACCAACGGGACAGUCACCAAUGGGACAACCACCAACGGGACAGCCACCAAUGGGACAACCACCAACGGGACAGCCACCAACGGGACAGCUCCCGGCGGAGCUGCGUGGGAGCAACAGUUCCUCCCCCCUCCCCUACAGCUUGACGACAGAGUACGAGCUAUUAAGACAGACACGAAGCUGUCAGGCCUGGUGCUGUGCGGCGCGACCCUGCGGCGCGUGGGCGAGGUAUUCGCGAGAGAGAUUGAGAACGGUCUGCGGGAGAGACCCUCCAGCCUGCAGAUGGAGAACACUUACGUACCUGAACUACCUGACGGAACUGAGGAAGGUGUAUUUCUUGCUCUGGACCUGGGCGGGACCAACUUCCGGGUGCUGCUGCUCGAGCUGCAGAACGGACAGCUCGUGCGAGAAGACGUCAAGCAGUAUCACAUCAGCGACGCGCUGCGAGUAAGUCCCGGCGUGGAGCUGUUCAACUUCCUGGCGGACUGCGUGCUGGACUUCCUGCGCUCUGAAGGCAUGGAGGGCGAUGAACUGUCACUCGGUUUCACCUUCUCUUUCCCAAUGAAACAGCACUCAAUCUCGUCGGGCGAGCUGAUGACGUGGACUAAGAGCUUCAAGUGCGGGGGCAUGGAGGGCGUGGACGUGGCCGCGCUGCUGCAGGACUGUCUGCAUGAGCGCGGUCUGAAGAUCACUGUGCAGGUCUUGCUCAAUGACACUACCGGUACGUUGGUGGCUGGAGCGGCUCUAGACCCUGAUGUAGCAAUCGCCGUGAUAAUGGGCACGGGGUCCAACGGUUGCUACAUGGAGCGCGCGGAGCGCGUGCAGCAUUGGGAGGCGGCGCACGAGCGCGUGCGCGACGUGUGCGUCGACAUCGAGUGGGGUGCCUUCGGGGACAACGGCUGCCUCUCCUUCCUACGCACUGAGUUCGAUGAGGAGGUGGAUGAUAAUUCCCUCCUAGCUAUGUCUUUUACUUUUGAGAAGUACAUUGGCGGCAAGUACCUGGGGGAGCUGCUGUGCGCGGUGCUGCGUGGACUGGCGCGCGACGGGCUGUUCCCCGCCGCGCCCGCGCGGGGCUCACUGCUCUCUUCGCACGUCAGCAUGUUCGAAGAAGAGAACGUGUCAGGGGCGUGGUCGCGCACGGUGGAGGCGCUGGGCGCGGCGUGCGGGCGCGGCGUGACGCGAAGCGACGCGCUGGUCGCACAGCACGUUGCCAGGGUCAUUUCCAACCGCGCCGCGCAGCUCGUCUCCGUCUGUAUAGCGACGCUGCUGCAGCGCAUGGGGCGGCCGCGCGUGGCGGUGGCGGUGGACGGCUCCGUGUUCAAGUGCCACCCGCGCAUCCGCGCGCUCAUGGACAAGUAUAUUGCGCUCCUUGCGCCACACCACAAGUUCACACUACUAGGCGCGGAGGACGGCAGCGGGAAGGGCAGCGCACUGACGGCCGCCAUCGCCGCAAGACUCGCCUCACAAGCGUUGUCCUACACAAAG